GUCCACAAUUUCUGCAUUCUACAUUCUACACCCACAGCUCUGCUCAAACACUGUAAAACUACUCUUCACUUCACAAUGGCAAACUGUAAUAUUGGAGUAAUUCAGCUGUACGUAUUCAACUAAAAAGUGUUUCUGAGGAAAAAUAUCGAUAGUGAAAGUCCCAAGCUACAAUUUAAAAGGACUGGUUCUUAGUUUUGUUGCAUUUCAAACCCUGGAAGUCUGAAUUUAUGUUUUUGAGACUGCCAUUAAUAGACAUGGCAUUUUGCUCAUGAUGUUUUAUAACAUAUAAAAACACCAUAUGGAUAUGUUAACAGCAUAAAAAAAUGUUGAUUUUCACCAGAAGGGGUCUUUAAUAACAUUAUUUUGUAAUAAAAAUACAAAUUGCAUACCACCAUAGAGUCUUUCUCAGCAUUUUUCUAUCACCAGCUCCUCCUCAACAACAUAGGCCUGCAUUCUCUCAGGUAUUUAAGAUAUUAUGCUCUGUCAGAUUGAGAUAAAAUUACAAAUGAAGACAUUUAACUAGUGUAUUUUGAUAUGAUGGCUGUUACACAUUUGUAGACCAAAGAUAUUUUAAUUCUGAAUUAAAGCCAAGCGCACAAAAUCUGCUACCUAAGUAAAAUAGUAUAUUUCCAUAAAACCAUGAGUAAUGUAAUGCCAUGUAUGUCAGAUUUAGAAAAUCAUUGUCAUUUUCAGGCAUUAUGUUACUUGUGCGAUCAGUCAUCAUGACCACAGCUACCUCCAUUAUGCAAUAGAAAGGAGCAAGUCUGUGAGAAACUGACAGUAAUCGGUGGAGAUGUCUGCAGAUUUAGUGAUUCAUUUUACUCUCCUGAUCUGGUUGUAUAAACUGGAGCAGCAGCAGCGAACACAGCCUGGUUAGACCCCAAAACCCCACCCUCCCACCUAACGCACUCUAUGCUGCUACUGCUGCUGCUUUCAAGACCGCUUUCAGCUCGAUGCUUCUGGGAAACAGACACAUCAGCUUGUAGAGUGCAGCCUGUGCAGUUUAUGGUUAAGUCUGACGUAGUUAACCUUUUGGUUUGAGCUCUGUCUGUACGCUGCAGGGUGGGUUUCCCUUUUGGCUCUGCUUGAACCUGGAGAAAUGAAACUUUUGCAGAACUGAUACCUGAGAAUUUCCUUUGGAGUUACUAAAAUAUACACACAGCACUUUAUGCAAUGUACAAGAUUUGCUUUACUUCAGAGUUGUGAAUCAUAUCGAAGCAAAGGUUUCAGUGGAGGUCUGCAUGACACAGCACUAUUACAGCCCCCUCCACCGCAAUACUUGCUUUUUUCUAAGUAGAUGGAAAGACACCCUUCAUCAAAACCCACCGAAAGCUCACCAAAGAGUGCUCACUAAUAAUUGCAAACGGAUUUUAUUGAUUAAACAACAGAUAAAAGCGGAUGCCUGUCUGGAAACCGUUGCACCCACAAUGAGGUUGUAGUCGCUCUGUAACUUAGGAAUGGAACCCAAAAGAAUGAUGAAGACCACAUUCUUAUUAGCUAUUGACAGAGUGGGUAGAGAAGCGGUGUCAGCUUUCCUGUAAGCUCAUCUCUGAGGUAUAGUUUGGGGUUAAUCUCACCUCUCUAAAGUAUCGCUGCGUCUCCCGCUGCCAAUUUCUCACAAGUAAUCGGCACGAAAGCCAGAGCACAGACAUAUGUCCUUUUCAUGUGGCAGCAGAAUCUUCCCACCAAGAAUACUCUGUGUACAACUGAAACUGCUCUACCACUGUUUACUAACACGCUCUUAAAGCGCAAUAAAAAUUGAGCUCAUUAAUAAUUUGUUAUUGAUUGUGUUGAAUUUUAAAGUGAAAUUUUCAGAUUCAACAGUUCAAAUACAGAGGAACAUGUUGAAAACCACACAACUAGGGUACCGAUGUUGGGCAGGUGAGUGUGACAGUGGUUGCUCAGUCUUUCCUUCCAUGGAAGUUAUGCAAAGGUGCCUUUCUGAUGAUGAGCUAGAGGUGGUUACUGAGGUGGAGGUCAGCUGAAAUGAUGAGCUUCCUUUCUGUUCUCUCUUAGCUACACGUCUCUACGUGCACACAGCAAUACACAAAGUUAAAAUAUUCAGUACAAAACUGAGAAAAAGCUCAAUAAAGUUUGUGAAGACAUACGAUGCAGACAAGCAACCCCACAGGAGAUGAAAGUGUUGGCUUGUGUAAGUUUAUGCUAAGUAAAAUGUAGUCUUCUGCGCAGGCGUGGGAGGGACCAGUGGGUGGUGAGUGACAGCUGAAGUUUGGCCCUUUAAAGACAGACGUGUUCAGACAAAAGUAGACACCUCCUUUCAUGCAGACCUGAUAGAUGCACGCACAGCUUGUCUCACAGUAGGUAGGACCUGCACCAUGAGCUAUGACCAGAGCUACCCCUUCCCCCAGGUGUUCCUUGUGGAUGAUAGCGGACGUCCUCAGCACUCUGCCCAGCCUCCGGGUCUCAUCCCCUGCUGGUCCUUCCCUCCCGCCCAGCAGAGGCUGAGGAGCCGUGGGAAGAGCGAGGGCUGCAUGGGAAUUCGCCCCGGUGUGGCCUUGAUCGUGCUGCUGCUGUUCCUGCUGGUGUUUGCAGCCCUCGGCUUCGAAGCCUACCAGAUUAUGAACAUACAGAAAGAACUGAGACAGGUUGAGCCUGAGACGGAGGUUGCUGCGCCUCAGAAGCAAAUGGGUUUCUAUGAACCCCAGAUCAGUGGAGAAGAUAAGAAAGACAGACCUGCAGCACACGUGAUAGGACGCAUUGAAAUUAGACAUCAAGACUUCAAGACUCUGCGAUGGGAGCCAAAGACAGGUCAGGCGUUCAUCUCUGGAGGAGUUGCUUACCGGAUUGAAGACGGGGCUCUGCAGGUCAACGAGUCGGGACUCUACCACAUUUACUCACGAGUGGAGCUGUUCUUUGGGAAAUGCUCUUCCACUUCCUCGUUUGAUCACUCUGUGUUUGUGAGGAGAUCAGGACAUUCCUCCCCUCUGAGACUGAUGGAGGCCCACAGGAUGGGUUUCUGCUCUCAGCAACCCUCCCGUACCUUCACCACUGACAGUUUCCUUAGCUCUGCUCAGCAGCUGAAGAAAUACGACAGGGUUUUUGUGAAUAUUUCACACCCGAAUCUUCUUAGUCACUCACAUUAUGGCAACUUCUUUGGUCUCUACCAGAUCUGAAGAAGUUUAUGUGUCGACUCUUACAUCUUGAUGGAGUAAUUUUACUCCAGUAUCAGUCUCAGGCAGGAGUGAAACUUACUCAUCACUUUACACAAAUGGUGCACUGAAUGUGUUGUCUAUGAUACAUACAAACACACACACACACACACACACACACAUAUAUAAAAUAAGUGCACUGGAUAGCAUAAUAUGACAGCUUCUGUGAGGGAAAUAUUGCACAUUUUCUAGAUUGGCAGCUUAAAAAAUUGAGAAUUGAAAGUACACAUAACAGUAGUGAAGCAUUUUACACAAGCAGAACCAAAUAUUGUGCCUUUUAUCAAUGAGGAGGAUGUCAGUUAACACUAAGGUGCUGAUUUAGUAGUAGCAUUUUUUAAAAUAUUUAUUUUUAGUGUGGAUCUGACAGUUCCGAUGUCUAAAUGUGUGCUUAUAAAAGAGAAACAGUGUUAUAUUCUGGUUGUUUUGAAGAGAUAAUUUAAAUGACUUUUACAUGUGUCUAAUUGAAAGAGCUAUGUUAAUAAAUAUUUGUAACUGAAACCUGAAAGCAUUUCAUGUCUGAGUCUGUCUUGUGAGGAACGCCCACUUGAGUGUUAAUCACCGGAAAGUAUUAUCACGAAGACACCAACUCAGAUUUGCUCCUGAUAAUCAGCUUCAUUUUCAUAUGUUCCGCUGAGGAGAGACAGCAGACUGAAUUUGAAGCAGGUUGGUGUUUUGGAAUCUCAAAACAAACAUCUAAACUGUGAAUAAAAAGUGCUUUUCCUGGUUCA